AUGUGGGGACAAUCAACAGAGGAAAACCUGCGGAGGAGCGCAGCCGGUAUCCUCCCAGACACGCUACACCACAAGGAUGAGGCUCAGCAACCGCCUGCAGAAGUCCAAAACGAAGGCGGAUCCGGCGAGCCUAGCAAGGUUCCACCCAGCCCCGAAGUCGAUGGAAUAUGGGGUGAACGGGACAUGGGUGGACCGGUGAGCCAGAAGGCAGCCAUGCAGGAUUUUGAAGAGCUCCAGCACGAACUCACCACGAAACUCACGAAUACGAAAUCCAACGCCGCAGCCUCGCAAAAAUCAACCAAGGGGGGCUACUUCCGGCGCAUGACAUCUCGGGCAAGCGGCAAGUCCAAGAAGACGGCCGCAGAUGGCGGUCAACCUGAUGUGGAGGCGGGAGCAGAGGACUCAGACGCGGAUUCAGUCGACAGCGGCACCACCGAUGAGGAUGGCUUUCACCUCGAACAGUUCAUGCGCGAGGGUCAUCUCGAGAAGCGAAGCCGAGUCGGCGGCAUCCCCGCCGACGAGGCCCGCAAGCGGUACCGUGGUGAGGUGGUCUACAACGCCGAAGAUGACCAGCACCUGCCCAGCUUGACCGUCGGCCAGACCCUCCGGUUUUCGCUUCUCAACAAGACGAGGAAGAACCUGCGGGGUGAUGUCGGAACCAUCAUCGAUGCGCUGUUGCGCAUGUUCGCCAUCAAGCACACCGAGAACACCAUCGUCGGAAACGCCUAUGUCCGUGGUGUCUCUGGAGGUGAGAGGAAACGUGUCAGUAUUGCCGAGACCCUCGCCACCAAGAGCACCAUCGUCUGUUGGGACAACUCCACGAGGGGUCUCGACGCAUCGACCGCGCUCGACUACGCCAAGUCGUUGCGCAUCAUGACUGAUGUCUCGGACCGAACCACCCUCACCACGCUGUACCAGGCCGGCGAGGGCAUCUACGAGUUGAUGGACAAGGUCAUGGUCAUCGACCAGGGCCGCAUGCUCUACCAGGGUCCCGCCAAGGAGGCGCGUAAGUACUUCGAGGACCUCGGUUUCUACGCCCCGCCGCGACAGACAACUCCCGACUUCCUCACCUCCAUCUGCGAUGUGAACUCGAGGCAAUUCCGCGAUGGGUGGGAAGCCCGCUGCCCCAAGACGGCCGAAGAACUCGAGAAGGCCUUCCGGGAGAGCACAGCUUACCAGAAGCUCCUUGCUGACGUCAGGGACUUCGAGCAACACCUAGAGAAGACGGGCCACGCCGACAUGCAGGCGUUCAAGGACACCGUGAAGGAGCAAAAGUCCAAGCGCGUGAUGCCGGGGUCCAACUACACCAUCCCCUUCUGGAAGCAAGUGCUGGCCUGCGCCCGUCGUGAGGUCUGGCUCAUUUGGGGCAACAAGACGGAGCUCUACUCCAAGUACUUCACCAUCAUCAGCAACGGUCUCAUCGUCGGUUCUCUCUUCUACAACUCGCCCGCCUCCACCAUCGGCAGCUUCGCCCGCGGUGGUGCCGUCUUCUUCGCCAUCGUCUUCCUCGGCUGGCUGCAGCUUGCUGAGCUCAUGAAGGCCGUCUCCGGCCGCGCCAUCGUCGCUCGUCACAAGGAAUACGCCUUCUACCGGCCCAGCGCCGUUACCCUCGCCCGCGCUCUCGUGGAUCUGCCCGUCCUCGUCCUGCAGGUAAUCAUCUUUGGUAUCCUCCUGUUCUUCAUGACUGGCCUCGACCUGGACCCCGGGAAGUUCUUCAUCCAGCUUUUGUUCAUGUACACGACCACCUUCUGCAUCACGGCCAUGUACCGUAUGUUAGCAUCCAUGUCGCCGUCCAUGGACGAUGCUGUGCGCUUCUCCGGUAUGGCCCUGAACCUGCUCGUCAUCUACACUGGCUACGUCAUCUCCAAGCCUGUCUUGCUAUCGCAGAAGAUCUGGUUCGGCUGGAUUGCACACAUCAACCCGCUUAGUUACUCGUUCGAGGCAGUCAUGUCCAGCGAGUUCCACGGCCGCCUGAUGGAAUGUGCUCCUGCCAACCUGGUGCCGCAAGGGCCUGGCAUUCUCCCUGAGAACCAAGGUUGCGCGGUCCCCGGAGCGGAUGCCGGAACUACUAACGUGCUGGGAGACAACUACGUCGGGGUCCAGUUUGGCUACACUCGGGCUAACCUCUGGCGCAACUUCGGCGUCGUCAUCGCCUUCGCGGUUCUGUACCUCAUUGUCACCGUUGCAACCACCGAGUUCAUGUCGUUUGGUGGCUCAGGGGGUGGCGCGCUCGUCUUCAAAGGGUCCAAGCGGACUGCCAAGCAGAUCAAGCCGACCACCGCCGACGAAGAGAGCGGCAACGUCUCCGGGAGUUCCUCCUCCACUGAAGUUCCGUCCAGCGCCGACGAGAGUGCCUUCAAGGGCCUUACGGGAAGCGACCGGGUCUUCACCUGGGAGGACGUGAUAUACACGGUACCCACCGCCGCCGGCCCUAAGCGUCUGCUCAACGGCGUCAACGGUUAUGCUAAGCCCGGAGUCAUGGUUGCCCUCAUGGGAGCCAGUGGCGCCGGCAAGACCACUCUGCUCAACACUCUGUCGCAGCGCCAGACCGUCGGUGUGGUUAGCGGUGAUAUGCUCGUCGACGGCAAGCCCCUAGGCAACGACUUUCAGCGUAGCACUGGUUUUGUUGAGCAGAUGGACCUGCAUGAGGAGAGCGCCACUGUUCGGGAGGCCAUCGAGUUCUCGGCCCUGCUCCGCCAGAGUCGCGACAUCCCGCGCCAGGAGAAGCUGGAUUACGUCGACAAGGUCCUCGACUUGCUGGAGCUCCACGAGAUCCAGGAUGCCAUCAUCAGCUCGCUCGGUGUGGAGCACAAAAAGCGUCUCACGAUUGGUGUCGAAUUGGCUGCCAGGCCCGCUCUGCUUCUAUUCCUUGACGAACCCACCAGUGGUCUCGACGCCCAGUCCGCCUUCUCCAUCGUCCGUUUCCUCCGCAAGCUGUGCGCUGCCGGCCAAGCCAUCAUCUGCACCAUCCACCAGCCCUCGUCCGACCUGAUUCAAGAGUUCGACAAGAUCCUCGCCCUCAACCCUGGCGGCAACACCAUCUACUUUGGUCCCGUUGGCCAGGACGGCAGCGCCGUGGUCAAGUACUUUGCCGACCGCGGCGUGGUUUGCCCUCCCGGCCGCAACGUCGCCGAGUUCCUACUCGAGACCGCCAUCAAGGGUGGCCGCCGUCCCGAUGGCACGCGCAUCAACUGGACCGACGAGUGGCGCGCGUCGCCCGAGAACAAAGCGGUGCUGGCCGAGAUCCAGGAGCUCAAGGCCGAACGCACCAAGGCCAUCGCCGCCAACGUCAACGCCCAAUCCGCUGAGGCGGCCGCCGAUGCGCUCCACGAGUUCGCCGCCCCUGUCAUGACCCAGAUCAUGCUCGUCACCAAGCGCAUGUUUGUCCGCCAAUGGCGCGACCCGUCCUACAUCUACGGCCGCCUGUUCACCGCUGUUGUCAUCGGCAUCUUCAACGGCUUCACCUUCUGGAAGCUUGGAAACACUGCCUCGGACCUCCAGAACGCCAUGUUCUCGAGCUUCUUGAUCAUCAUGAUUCCUGCUACUGUUCUGAACGCCGUCCUGCCCAAAUUCUUCACCAACCUCGCCCUGUGGGAGGCCCGCGAGCACCCGUCCCGCAUCUACGGCUGGGUCGCCUUCUGCACCGCCGAGGUGCUCUCCGAGAUCCCCGGCUCGCUCGUCGCCGCCGUGCUGUACUGGUUGCUGUGGUACCUGCCCACGGGCCUGCCCUACGACGCACCCUCGGCCGGUUACGUCUUCCUCAUGACGUUGUUGUUCUUCCUGUUCCAGUCCAGCUGGGGCCAGUGGAUCUGCGCCUGGGCGCCCAGCUUCACUGUCAUCAGCAACAUCCUGCCGUGUUUCUUGGUUAUCUUCUGUUUGUUCAACGGUGUCGUGGUGCCCUACACCCAGUUGAACGUGUUCUGGAAGUACUGGCUCUACUGGCUCAACCCCAGCUCGUACUGGGUCUCUGGUGUCCUGUCCGCCACACUGGCCGCCCGGUCCGUUACCUGCGCUCCCCAGGAGGCGGCCUAUUUCAACCCUCCCUCGGGCCAGACCUGCCUCGAGUUCGCCAGCAACUUCGUGCGCGAGGCGGGGCGUGGAUACCUGAUGAACCCCGAGGACACGGCAAACUGUGGCUAUUGCCCCUAUGUCGACGGGUCUGAGUACCUGGAGACGCUUGGCAUCUCGCCCGACACCAAGUGGCGCAACUUUGGCAUCUUCCUGGUGUUCUGCGUGACCAACUGGAUGUAA